UGACUGUAGACGUUUUUCGAUGACGUUUAGACAUAAGGGUUUGACUUUUGACUUUCCCUGUCUUGUCUUAUGUCAGUUAUGUCUAUUGUCUUUGUCUAUUCCUUCCACCAAAACCAAACCUUUUCUCAGUUUUCUCCCCAGUUCCGAAUUUUCUAAUUUUUGAUUUCUUAAUGUUUUCCUGAUCUUGGUGUGUUGAAAUUUCGCAUUAUCACAUUCCUGAUCAAAAUGCCGAAGGUAAAACAAACAAGAAAAAGAAAACACGAAUCCAAAACCACCGAAAAGUUAUUAGAGGAAAAGGAAUAUGAAAUCGAUGUACCUAAAAGCAAAUUCAGGCCCUUUGAUGAGAAAGCACAAGCAGAGGAGGAGCACUUAUCACACAUCCUCUUUGGAGGUACCAGCUUUCUCAAAUGCUUGGAAGAAGCUGAACAGGAAGCAGGACAAUCACAAGCCAAUGUAGAUUCUGGUGUUGGUGAAGAUGAUAGCAGUGAGAACGAUGAAAAUGCACGAAAGCCAGCCUGGACUGAUGAAGAUGAUGAUGGAAUUGAAGUUGGACAAGCACUAGAUGCCCAAAGAAGAAAGCUACCUAAUGGAGGCAUCAACAGUCAAAACAGCAAGUACUCCAAACUACUCAAGCACAAGUUUCAGUCAGUUGUUGGUAAUCCAAAGUGGGCUUCUUUGAAUAAGAGAAAGCACUCUGAAUCCGACUCUGAGGAAGAGAUUCUUCAACAUUGUGGGUUCAUUAAGAAAACUGCCAAAGCUCUUAUACCACCAAGUGUGCUAGAGUUCAAAAAAGUUAAAGAUUUAAACUGUGAGACCUACUCCGAAGGACCUUAUAUCAACUCCAUUGAAUUUCAUCCUACAUCUACUGUUGCCCUAGUGACUGGAAAUGCAGGGAUAGCUUCAUUGUUUUCUGUGGAUGGUAAAAGGAAUAACAAACUUCACAGUGUUGCAUUUGAUAGAUACCCAAUUAUUUGUGCUAAAUUCUGUCAAAAUGGCAAUGAGGCAAUACUUGGUUCCAGGCAAUCUCAUAUAUUUAGUUAUGACUUACUUGCUGCCAAGCACACAAGAAUUAAUCUUCCACCAGGGCUCACACAGUUCAAAAACUUUGUCAUUUCUCCAGAUUAUCAGUUUAUUGCUGCUGCUGGUAAAUGGGGAGAGGUGCAUUUGUUAUCCUCAGGAUCAAAAGAACGAAUUGCACUCCUAAAACAGGAUUCAGAAGUUACAGCUCUUGAAUUUAGUCCAUCAGGAAAAUUACUUUUUGGUCACAGUGUCAGUGGUGAAGUCACAAUAUGGGACAUGAAAAUGAAGAGAGUGAAGCACAAAUUCAUAGAUGAAGGAUGUCUACAAGGCACCACCUUGUCCAUCUCAUCUUCUUACCAGUUUCUUGCAGCAGGGUCAGCUCAAGGUGUGGUAAAUUUGUACAAUAUGGAGGAUGUUCUGCAAUCUAACAUACCGAAACCAAGGAAAACUAUUCUGAAUCUAACUACUUCUGUGGGAGAUUUGAAAUUCAAUAGUUCUUCAGAAAUUCUAGGGUUUUCAUCUCCAGAGAUCCCUAAUUCUGUCAAGUUGUACCAUUCUUUAGUUGGGUCUCGGAAAAUGGCGUCAGCUAACUUUCUCGAGGAAGCUCUGAGUACAGAUGUUGAUGAAUCUGCCUUUAGUGCGAUCGUGGGCUCCUUGGAGAAUCAGCUCGUCACUUCUGCACCCCAAGCAUCAGGUCAAACAGGUUCAGCCAUCGUGAUCAACCAGAACCACAUAAACAGUGCAAUAUCAAACGGCGGGACAGUUGCCCCUCAGAAACAUGGGACUAUCGCCAAUGGUGAUUCGAUAAGUGCUGUGAACACAAACGAUGGAAGUAAACAAGUGACGAACAAUGCGAUGAUCAUCAGCGGCGCCACAGGAGCGGUGACUACUGGCUAUAUAAAUCAAAGUGCACCUAUCCAACAAAACAAACCCAAUGAGGGCGUCAAGAUAGUGUACUCACAGGGACAAGGCAACCAAGUCAUGACCAGCGCCGGGACCAUAAUCCAAAACAGAGUCACUAUACCCACUCAGUCACUGCCCAACGGCGCUAUAGGUCUUCCUCCACAGUCUGUCCUCCAGACCAAUCCAAAUAAUGUCCAAACGAUACAAAAUAAACAACCCACGUUAGUGCUGAAGACUAGCGGGGCCCCUGGCUCCCAGAAUCUAAUGACUGUCCCCAUGAAUGUAAAUUCUUCAGUGCCCCAGGCUAAUAAUGUAGGUAGCCCUAGCACACAAUCCCCAAAUAUCCUAUCCAACCUCCAGGUAGUCAAUGUGCGCCCUGGGGUUCCCACUCAGCAGACGAAAGGGCAACCAGCUCGUGUAGUGCUUAGUGCACCUCAGAUAGUUGGGGGGGCCCGCCAAGGAGCUCCUCAAUUAACCUUACAAUCCUUUCAUGGCCUACAACCCGGCCAGCAGGGGGCGUUACUUCUCAAGACUGAAAAUGGACAGUACCAGCUGCUCAGGGUGGGCCCGGCGCCCGCAUCUAACAUUAGUACUUCCCAGCCGGGCGGGCAGCCUGUCACCUUUCGCAUGCAGACUGUGCAAGCGCAAACAGCAACAAGCUCGUCAAAUAACGUAGUUCAGCAUGCUGGAGCAACGACCACUGUCACAUCAACACCACAGCCUAUACAACAAACACAGGUUGGGCAGGUUCAGGUUCAGGUGCAGCGUCCUGCAAAUGAUAAUACCAAAGAAAAGUGUCGGAAGUUUCUAGCAAACCUAUUGGAAUUAUCUAGUAGGGAAACGAAAUCGGUGGAAAGAAAUGUGCGGACGCUGAUUCAGGAACUUAUCGAUAAUAAAGUGGAACCUGAAGAUUUUUGUGACAAGCUGGAAAAAUUACUGAAUGCUUCCCCUCAACCAUGUCUGAUAGGAUUCCUGAAGAAAAGCCUCCCCCUGCUUCGGCAAUCUCUGGCCAAUGGGGAACUCACCAUUGAUGGCAUCCGUCCUCCACCUGCGAACGUGGUCUUUUCGCUGGCAGGUGCAACGCCGACUGUACAAACUGUACAUUCUGUUCGACCAGCAGGCUUACCACCGAACCAGGUCAGGAUAGUGGGCCCCGGCGCGGCCGUAGUCCGACCCGCGCAGGUCGUCCAGCAGCGGCAGCCCGCCCCCGUGGCGAGGCAGCCCCCACCGCAUGCGCGGAUGGUGACGGCCGUGCGGCAGCCCGCCGGCAACGUGAUGGUGGGCGGGUCGCAGCCGCCCGCGCUGCAUCCCGUCUUCCCCAACGGGCAGCAGAUGCGGCCGGCGGCCGGCAUGAACGUGCGGCAUCCCAUGCAGGUGAGGACGAUGGCGCCGGGCCAGAUCAGGCAGCAGAUGCAGGUGCGCGCGGCUGUGCCGGUCCAGAAACAGCCGGCGGCCGGCGCCGGAGCGGCCGGCGGGGCGGCGCGGUUCACGGGGGCCAAGACGCCGGCGCCGGCCGCCAGCAAGCAGUCGGCGGCAAAGGACAAGGAGAAGAAGGCUUUUUCGGCCGCCUACGCGGGGGACGACGACAUCAACGAUGUGGCGGCCAUGGGCGGGGUCAAUUUGGCCGAGGAGACGCAGAAGAUUCUAGGUUCCACGGAGUUCGUCGGUACGCAGAUCCGCUCCUGCAAGGAGGACGUGCUAUGCGCGAUGGCGCCGCUGCAACACCGCAUCCGGCAGAUCGUGCAACGGCACGGCCUUGACGAGCCUGGGCCCGAUGUGGCAGCGUGCAUCUCUCACGCUGCGCAGGAGCGGCUGAAGAACGUGCUCGAGAAGCUGUCGAUCAUCGCCGAACACCGGCUGGAGAACGUCAAAGCGCAUCAGCGGUACGAGGUGACCAACGACGUCAAAGGCCAACUGAAGUUCCUCGAGGACCUCGACAAGGCCGAGCGCAAGCGGCACGAGGAGUCGGAGCGCGAGAUGCUGAUGCGCGCGGCGAAAUCGCGCUCGCGCGCCGAAGACCCCGAGCAGGCGAAGCUCAAGGCCAAGGCCAAGGAGAUGCAGCGCGUCGAGAUGGAGGAGUUGAGGCAGCGCGAGGCGAACGCGACGGCGCUGCAGGCGAUCGGGCCGAGGAAGAGGGCGCGGGUGGAGGGGGAGCCGGCCGGCACGUCGCAGGCGAGUGCUGGUGGUUCAAACAAUGGGACACGAAACCAACUGCCGUUGCGGCAGCGCAUGAAGAAAGUGACUCUAAGGGACUUGCAAUUCGUCUUCGAGACGGAGAAAGAUCUAUGCAAAAGUAAACUCUUGUACAAGUCGUACCUCAAGUGAUGCUCGCUUCUUGUCAGUGUUGUGAUAUUUAGAGAACUAGACAAUUUCAAAUUAAUUGCCCAUACUUCAUUUCGUGUUCGUUUUGGUAUUGUGUCGGAGGCGGUUGUCCAAAAAUCUAAUCAAAAAGCUCGCGUUGGCGUCAUGAAGUCGUUCUAAACGUUUUUUUAUAGAGAGAAUAUACAUAUUUUUAUAGUCGAAUGAAAAAUUAUUGAUAUACCUGGAACAUAUUUUUAUUCGAGUCGAGUUUUCGAAAUUUAUGGCAGAAGAACGAUCUUGACGACCAAAAAUCGAUGUAAAGUGAGAAAAAUCGUUAUGAAAGAUGUUUUGUAUCAAAACUUGAGAUCAGGAAGUUCAUUCUAUGCAGCCGUUACGUUACGCAGAUGCUUCGUAUUUUUUUACCGGGGGGCUGAAAAAAAACCGGACGAUUAAAUGAAUAUGAGCUAAAUGAAAUUUGACCAAUUUGAAUAUAUGUAUACCUAAUGUUUAUUUCCCCAUUGUUAUAUACAUUCUUGUGUGUUUAUUUUAUCAUAGGUACAGCAUAUUAUGUCAAUUUCCUCCCCGAAAAAACUAGUUAAUUCCACUGUACUGACAUGAAAUCUUAUGGGACUAUAUGAAGUGCCUCAGGAAACUUGGACAUGGUAUACUAAUCGUAAAUAGCAAAAGUUGAAAAUCGUAUAAAGUCGAUUCUGAGUUGAAUUUUUGCAAAGUUCUUCUCAAUAAAACAAGAAUUUGUUUGAUACAGUAAUCACUGAGAGACAUAAAAUCAUAAGGAUCAAUCUUAGUCUAUACAAUAAUGAUCUGUAUAUGGGUUUUAAGGAAAUGACAGUUAUUUUUGAUUAUUUAGUAGAGAAAGAAGGAAGGAGUCGAAAAAUCAUUGAUAGGUAACAUGAGUGAUGUGAGUACGCCGACGCGACCUGGACAGUCGCACAGCACAGAUUAUUAUUUUUUUUCCAAUGAACAUUUGUAUACCGGGUGACAAAGGAGACAUGAAACAGCCUGUAGUUUUUUUAUUU